UCAGCCUGGGCUCCGCCCCCUCCUGUGAGUCAGGCUGUUCUUCUGCUUCCUUAUAAGAGCUCUUGGCAUUUUGACUGCUGCUGCCAUUUUUCUUUGCUGCCUGUUUCCUCCACACAUCAGAAGCAACAUGGCAUCUGGGGUACAAGUUCACGAUGAUGUGAAGACCAUCAUGGAUGAAAUGAAAGUGGUGAAGGCGGAUUCGGACCAGAACGAGCGCAUCCGACUGGUGGUUCUGGAAAUCAAAGAUGGCUUCAUUGUGAUAGAGAAGGUUUUACGGGAGAAGGACCUGGCCAACCAAGACGUCUUCAAGCAGUUCCUGUCGCUGUUGGAGCCCUCCAGGUGCUGCUACAUCCUGUACGACUGCCACUUUGAAACCAAAGAGUCCAGCAGGAAAGAGGAGCUGGUCUUCGUGAUGUGGGCCCCUGAAACGGGACAUAUCAAGGAAAAAAUGCGGUACGCUAGCUCAAAAGACUCUCUUAAGAAGAUCCUGACGGGUAUCAAACAUGAGCUGCAGAUGAACGACCUGUCAGAUUAUGGAACCAGGCAAAGUUUUGGCGAGCGGAUGGGGAAAGGCGUCGUAAGACUUGAGGGCGUUGAUCUCGCUUGAAUAAAGUCACAAACUGUCCAUUUCAUCACAGCCGACUGAGUCUUUUUGUUUUUGUAGACGUUAAAAAAGCUCUUUUGGACCGAAGCCCUCCACUGCAGGGUUAGUUUCUAAAAUGUCCAACCAAAUUUGGGUCCAAGAGACUUUAGUGCAUUUAGAAGUCUGGAAUAAAUUGUCUGAACUCCAUAAGUAUCCCAAUUUAUGCUUCAUCUCCACUGUAACUGCAACUCGAUUAGUGUCAAACCUUUUCCACUGCUGCAGUAAUAAAGAAAAUGCAUUUGA